AUGGCUUCUGGUGCGAAACUGAUUUUUGUUCUACUUUUGGCUGGUGUAGCUGCGUUCAGCUUCAAGGGAGCUAAGAGGCAACAGGGAGAUGUCGACUGGACGCAAGGAUAUAGCGACGAUAUCGGCUCUCGUUUCCUCGACCUAGCAGUUGCAAGCUACUUGGGCACUGGCGACCACGAUGAAGCUAUGCGACAGCAGUGCUUCACGAAGUCUUGGGGCGACUACAACUAUACCACACUAUUGGUGAACAACCAGCAGUGCGACAUUUCGAGUAAAGUCAGCUGUCAAAUGUACAUUGCGUAUUCGGUGUCAAAAAACAACUACGUUCUUGCCUUCCGUGGCACGAUCGGCUUGGAACAACUUUGGGAGGAAAUUACGUCCUCGCUCAACAAAUAUACUAAAUAUUCCUUUUCGAACGGACUUGAUUUCGGAUUUGUGAACAUGUACUUCAAUAAUGCUCUAGCCAGUUUGUGGCCACACAUGAUGAAGUCUAUUUCCAAUAACUACAACAACGAUACUACCUUCUAUGUGACCGGACAUUCCCUUGGUGGUGCGAUGGCAUCAAUCACGGCCGCGAAGCUGGUGAUGGAUCAAAAGAUCCUCCCCGAAAACGUAAAGCUGGUAACUUUCGGCCAGCCACGCACAUGGGGCUAUUCCGCGGCUUCGCAAUACAAAAAUGUUGUGCCACACAGUUGGCGUGUCGUCCACAAUACUGAUCCAAUUCCACAUGGACCACCAAUGAAGACAGGAAAUGAUAAGACCGGCGACGCAUCACCGUACCAUCAUCCCACCGAGAUUUUCUACAAAGACAAAUUUGAAAGCCACAAAUCGUGCAGUGAAACUGAUGGCGAGGACAAUGACUGCAGUGAUGGGAUCCCCGACUUCAAAUAUGUGGUGACAGCGCUGAAGGGCGAGCAUAUGCAUUAUUUCAACCACAAAUUGGACAGCUACGGGAUGGCUGGUUGUGUUGAUUCUGCUACUUUGCUUCGUUAUUUGUUGUUGCCGGUUGCCGCCCUUGUUCUGCGCCUCCCGCUGGAGCUACCCCCACAAAAAAGGGGGUUCUAUUUCGAUUGUCCUGGAUCGACGGCGAGUAUGAUAUUUCUGGUCCUCCUCUUCAUCCUGCCCGUAUUUGCAAAAGAAUGCGGCAGUAAAGAAAACCAAUUUGCCCCCUGUAUGCAGAAAGAGAAGGCCGAUUCAUUGUUCAGGAAUUGUUGCGAAACCCGCGUUCCGCCCGUUUGCCUAGAUGCCUGCCAAUACGAAUCGGAUGAGGUUGCAGCCAGGGCAAACCUGAGACAAGUAUUGCGAGCCGGGUGCAAGCUUACGGAUUUAACAAAGGUGUUGCUUUGUGCCGCUCAGAAUCAGGAUAAUCGAGAGUGCUGCGAUACGCUGAAGCUGUCGGACCCAACGCUGGGUGUCGGGGAUCGAUGCCUACGAUUCUGCAAUCCGGCUGGGACCAAGAUUGACAUGAUUGAGAAACAGGAUUUCACAUGCUUCUACAACUGGAAUGUUAUGAUGUACUGUCAUCAUGGAGGAAUCCCGGCCGAGAACUUU